AUGUUUCUCUUACUUGUUGCUUUUUUGUCAGUGGUUUUUAAAAUUGGUUUUGUCAGCCUCUCAGCUCUGCAGCACUGGAACUGUCCUAAUGGAUACAGAUGGAAGACUGAAAACUCUGCUUGUAUAGAUAUUGAUGAAUGCCUUGAAGGUGGUUUGGGAACCUGUGGCCAAACCUGUAUCAAUGUUCCAGGGUCCUACAUCUGCUCCUGUUUGCCUGGCUACACUUUGGACAUUGACAAAAGGUCUUGCUAUGUGAAUGACCCUGCACCAUUCCUACUUUUUAGCCAUGGAAACGCCAUCUUUAGAAUUGACACUGAAGGGACCAAUCAUGAAAGAUUGGUGACUGAUACAAGUCAGUCAACGCUUAUGGAUUUUCAUUAUACAGAAGAGAAAGUGUAUUGGGUAGACUCUGAAAGGCAACUACUUCAAAGAAUUCACCUGAAUGGCACAAAACAAGAGAGGCUAUGUUACAUAGACAAAGGCAUUUCAGGGUUUGCUAUUGACUGGGUGAAUCAAGACAUUUUCUGGGCCAAUAGACAAAAAGCAACCAUAGAAGCAACAGACAUGAAUGGAAAGAAACGAAGAGUUCUUCUAAGAGGUGCUGGUCGUCCCACAAGGAUUACCAUUGAUGCUGAGCAAAGGCUAUUAUUUUGGUCUUCAGAUGGUACUGUUUCAAGUGUACACCGACUGUCUCUCAGUGGAAGUGAUGUGAGAAGUGUUUUAAGAACUACUGAAAAAAUAAAAGCAAUCUCACUAGAUCUGGUUGACAGGAGGCUCUACUGGAUCCAACAUGACCAUGGGAAAGACAUUUCCUAUAUUGGAUCAUGUGACUAUGAUGGCAGAGCUGUUAGUUUGCUCAAAAACUCUAUCCGACAUCAAUUGCUUGGUAUGUCUCUCUUUGCUGAGCACCUGUACUAUUCAGAGUUGAAAUCUGGUAUGAUAUGGAGAGCCAACAAGUAUACUGGAAAAGUUGUGGUCACAAUUAGCCUGAAGCCAUCAUUUUUUCCACCACUGGAGAUAAAAGUGGUACAUCCAUUUAAACAGCCAGGUGCAAGAAUUGAUUCUCAGGAUUUUGAAAAAGGAGCUUGUGAUUUGAACAAAGAAAAGUGCAGAAGAAGAAUCUGCAGGGCAGACUCAAGGACUCAUCGGUGCAAAUGUUCUAGUGGCUUUAUUUUAAGUCGAAAUAAACAGUUUUGUGAAGAUAUCAAUGAAUGUGGCUUCUGGAAUCAUGGCUGUACCUUGGGUUGUGUGAACAUCCCUGGCUCCUAUUACUGCACCUGCCCAAGAGGUUUUGUUCUGCUGCCUGAUAGGAAAACAUGCCAUGAGCUAAUUUCCUGUACAAGUAACAACACUGAAUGUAGCCAUGGUUGCCUUCAAACAUCUAAAGGACCUGUUUGCUUUUGUCCUGAAGGAUCUGUACUCAAAGUGGAUGGCAAAGCAUGCACAGGUUGUACAUCUCCAGAUAAUGGUGGCUGUAGUCAGAUAUGCUCUUCACUAAGUCCAUUCUCCUGGGAGUGUGCUUGUUUUCCUGGAUAUAAGCUUCAACGAGACAGAAAACACUGCACUGCUAUAGGUCCUAAGCCAUUUUUGUUAUUUGCAAAUGGCCAAGAUAUCCGACAGAUCAGUUUUGAUGGAACGGAUUAUGCAAGUUUACUUGACUGGCAGAUGGGAAUGGUCUUAGCAUUGGACUCUGACCCAGUGGAAAACAAGAUUUACUUUGCCCACACUGCCUUGAAAUGGAUAGAACGAGCUAAUCUGGAUGGCUCAAAUCGUGAAAAAGUUAUUCAUGAAGCUAUAGAUAUACCCGAAGGCCUUGCUGUGGACUGGAUUAACCGUAAAUUGUAUUGGACAGACAGAGGGAAGGCAUGCAUUGAAAGGAGCAAUCUGAAUGGGAUGCAAAGAAAAAUGAUCAUCUGGGAGGAUAUCUCUCAGCCCCGAGGGAUUGCCAUUCACCCAUUUACUAAGAGAUUAUUCUGGACUGACAUGGGGGUCAAUCCCCGGAUUGACAGCUCUUCAUUAGAAGGCAUUGAUCGCCAGGUUAUAGCCAGCACUGGUCUGGUGUGGCCCAGUGGAAUAACUCUUGACUACUUAGCUGACAAGCUGUACUGGUGUGAUGCUAAGAUGUCCGUGGUUGAGAGUGCAAACCUGGAUGGUUCUGGUCGUCGAAUUCUUGCCCAGAAUGAUGUAGGCCACCCUUUUGAUGUAGCAGUGUUUGAGGAUCACCUUUGGUUUUCUGACUGGGCUAGGCCAUCACUAAUGAGGGUGGACAAGAAGACCGGCCAAAACAGGGUACGUCUUCGAGGCAGCAUGCUGAGACCCUCAUCAAUGGUUGUAGUUCAUCCUUUGGCGAAACCAGGGGCAAAUCCUUGCCUUUAUGAGAAUGGAGGCUGUGACCAGAUCUGUGAAAACAAUUUUGGAGUUGCCCAUUGCACAUGCUAUCCAGGAUUUGGGAAAACUCAAGAUGGAAAAGCCUGUCAUGCUCUGGAUGCUUCCAACACAACAGCAGGAAGUGUCUCCCCGCACAAGGAGGUAAUGCCAAUGGCAACACCAGACACCUUGCUCCAGAGAACACAAACCAGUGGGAUAUUUGAGGAUACAGACAGUGGGGAAAGGCAGAACACUGGUGUUUUCUUGAAGGCUGAAAUCAUGGUAUCAGAUCAAGAUGAUUGCUCAGCACUAGAAUGUUAUGUCAAUGCAGAGUGUGUUUUGCUGGAAGAUGGUGCUGUGUGCCAGUGUUUGAAAGGAUUUACCAGGAAGGGGAAAUCAUGUUAUGAUAUUGAUGAGUGUGCCGUAAAUAUGGACCACUGUAAUAGAAACGUUUCAGUCUGUAUCAAUACAGAAGGAGGCUAUGUCUGUAAAUGCCUGGAGGGCUACACUGGAGAUGGAGUCCAUUGCUAUGAUAUUGAUGAGUGCAAGAUCGGGUCCCACACCUGUGGAGAGAAUGCAACCUGCACAAAUACAGAAGGAAACUUCACUUGCUCAUGUGCUGAUGAUGCUUCUAGAACUGGCAUCAGUUGCAAAGCUACUGUCACCCCCACUGCUGUCAGCAAUGAAUAUUCUACAGUCCCUGUACAAGGUGAUAUUGUAGGAUGUCCUCCUUCAUACGAGUCAUACUGUCUCCAUGGUGGAGUGUGCAAUUAUGUUUCUGAUCUACAGGACUAUGCCUGCAACUGUGUGACAGGCUAUGUUGGGGAGCGGUGCCAGUUCAGUGACCUGGAGUGGUGGGAGCAGCAGCAUGCCGAGAGGGUGAAGAUGAGGAAUAUCACCAUCAUCGUGUGUGUAACAGGGCUGGUCCUGCUGAUCCUGCUGGGCUUCCUGGCUGCCUACUGCCACAGAAGUCAAAACUUGUAUAGGAAGAAUCUCUAUGCAGAAGCGAUAAGAGAAGCCAGCAGCCGUGCUGACAAUGAGAACGUGACAGCUACUAGCAACAAGUCUCGGUUUGCGGUUGUUAAGGAGUGUAACAGUUCUCUGGAGACUAAAGCGGUUGAUCUAAUUGAGUGUGAGACAGCAGAUCCUCAUCCUGCCUGUCCUUCAGAAUAUGUGGAAGAACAGCCUAUAACAUAUGACAAAACAGCAGAGACUUUGGCAGAAGAGGAGAAAGAACAAGGUUGUCACCAAGAGGUUCCUGUUGGUGAGAAAUCGUAUCAGCCCAUGGGAGCAGAAAGGGACCCUCCUCAGGCUCCCUGGAGCAUCCACCCGAAGCCCCUGCUGGAAAGGGACCACUGUGAGCUUGCUGCAGCAAGCCUACUGAUGCAGCCAGAUUAGAAGCAGCCUGGGUCUGAGCAGGAAAAGGAGGAAAGAUGAAGCCAAUAGAGAAUGGAAACUCAUUAAACACUGAAGGAGCCCCUUUUUUGUUCAAAUCUGCUUUAGGAAAAAGCAAACAACAGCCCACAAAUCAAAACAGAGCAGAGGAGUCCUUACCACUCCUUCCCUGUCAUCUCUGCUUGGAAUAAUUACUAUUAACAAUGAGUACUCUAUUAUCUAUCACUUUAAGGGUCACUGCUGCUAACUUCAUUAGCUGCCUGCUACAAGGAAAACUGACAAGUGGGUGAUUUUUUAAAGUGUUUUCUAGUGGAGUUGGUUGCAAGCAGUCAUCUCUGUCUGUAUACAGGCUCCAGAAAUUGCCUAGAUAACGGUCCACAAGGACAACUGCAGAUAAACUAGAAUGGAAGAUUGUGCAGGAAAAUGAGAUAAAAAAGAAUCUUUAUUCCUGUAUUGUUCAUGGACACUGUAAGCCUCUUCCAGUUCUGCCUUCAGGCCAGAGUAACUUCUUGGACUUCACCAGAGAUAUUCUUGGAUCUUCUCUAAGUGAGCACCAAAUGGGAUCUUGCAUUUCUCAGGUUUGAAGGGCUGGAGGAGUGUUUGUGGGCAUGUGGUGUUAACUAUGGUCAUGUCUAUGAAGUGAGAGGUAGUAUUUGAGGGGAAAGUGUUUCUUCCAUUCAAUUUUCCAGUCUACACUGGCUCUUCAGAGCAUUUCAGGAUUGCUUCUGGACUGAGCCAGUGGGUCUGAAUCUGCUUUCAGCCCUGAAAGGAGGCAUGUGCUGAAGCUGUCCUCGCCUCACAGAAGUCUGGCAGCAAAACCUGGUACAUUGUAUAAUAAGACGUAGUGUGGGGAAAGACAUCCAGCCAAUAGCUGGUUCAACAGAACAGGAGGAGUGGGACAAACAAAAAACCACCUGUUUGGACUGACUUCCAUCUAGCUGUUUUGUGCUGCUGGAUAAAAUCUAUUGGAAUAACUGGGAAACAACAUCACUUUUUCUUGUAACUGGCUUUCUAACACCUACAGUUCCCUCCCAGUUAUUUAGUAAGAAUUAACUUAUAAAGCUCUGUUAUAUACAGGUUGUAGUUUAACUGUUUAUUGUAUCAAGGGAUUUUCACCACUGGUCUUGACUUUCUAAGUUUAUUUUCAGAAUAUAUUGGAAGAUAUCUGGAAAUCAGUUAGAUUACUAACAAUGUCUUCAUUGUAGGGGAUCACUCAGUCCUCUGCCUUUGAAGCCUACUACUGUAACUAUUAGACACUUUCUUUAAACUUCACUACAGUGCCCGCUAUUGCUGUUCCUUGUAAGUCGUUAGCUGGAUAGUAGUGGCAAAUGUUACUAAUUUGUUUGUUUAGCACACAAUUUUUUUAUUGGUUCUUUUAGACUCUUUACAGGAAGGUAUGGGAUGUAUGGGAUGCUGCCAUUUGGUUACCAGCUCUGUAGGUCAUGAUGGGAAAGAGUAUUGAAAGGUUCUUACUUCUUGUCCAAAAACAGCUACACACCUGAGUAACUUUGUGGAGUCAGUACUGAUUUGUUCUAGUGUAAACAGCAAGAGCACUGAGCCCAAGGUGUCUGAAUUACAAAAACUGUAAUGCUAUGUUGUGUGAAGUUGUCACUUAUUUAUCUUCUAAAGUGAUUUUUGCCAGUGGUUCUGAAUUGUUGAGUCUGAUUUCUAAUCAGUUCAGUUCUGAAUUCAGAAUAAACUUGUAAACUUGGCAUUGCCAGAGGUUAACUGGAACUAGUAGCAAUGAAGAUUUAUUUCCCUGUUCAUUGAAGAGGAGUUGGACUAGAUGACCUUUUAAAGUCCCUUCCAACUCAAACUAUUCUAUGAUUCUAUAAUAAGAUACAUUCUUUCAUGUGAAUGGCAACAUGAGUAUUUCAAUGGAAAAAGAAGUGGCUGAGGAGAGUUGGCACACUAAACUGUGUUCAGGAGAGGGCAGAACCAUUGGUAUUUGGUAGGUUUGAUUUUAAGUUCAGUAUAAUAAUAUUAAUUUCAUUAACAUUGUUGAAAGUUUCUAGUGUGGAUUCAUUGGUCUUUCACAGUUCAUCACUGAUCUUGUGUUUUGAUGUGAAGAGAGUCCAGCUGUAAAGACCCUGAUUCAGUAAAGAAUUUUAUUCCCAUGAGAGCUAGUAACACUACUUUGAUCCCUGCCCUUUGAUUAUCUGUGGUGAAAAUAAUGUUUUGCUUAAAAUCAAAGUAUUGUGUUGAACGACAGUCAAACAUUUAAUUGGAAGUUUCCCUGAUCAAAAGAAAUAACGAUUUGUAACUCUAAGUCUGGUUUAAACAAAGGCGUUUCAGACUCUUUAUAAAUUAAUUUCAUAUUCUACCUGGUGAUUUGUUUACUUUCCUUCUGUCUAAUGAUCUAAUUUUAAUUUUGAUAGUGUUCUUUACAGAAUAAGAUAGAAAAAAGGUGAUAUGUUUUUGGAAUUACAGUGUUUUGAGUUUUAAAUAUUUCCUAAACUCAGCUCUAAACCCAAACUAGUCUUCAGUGUAAAACCUUGAAAUGAUAUUUCAACACAAAUAUAAUAUAUUUGGUUUAUUUGUAUGUUUAUAAAGGUAUUGAUUUAUAAAAUAAAAUGAAAAAAAAA